GAGAGAUAUUCUUCGAUAUUCCCUGUGCAUCUGGGAAGGACUGUUAACGGGGGAGUGGUUGACUUUUUCACUUCGCUUUAAGCACAGCGCAUGAUUCCGUCCGCGCUUGAGACACUUGGAGGCAUCGCUUUCAUGAGAUUUAAUCUCUUCUUACAACAAGGAUAUAUCACAGUAGGGAGGAUGGAAUUGAGAAAGUUGUCACGGUUAUAUUUCUUCAUUGUCUGUGUUUUGAACACCUCCAGCUCUGCAUCCGCCGCCAAUCACCAUAUCUGCAAUGGCCCGUUGGUAUCCAUGCUGCCCCAGGGCUCUUUUGUAAGCUCCUCUCAGUCCUCUGACAGUUAUGCUCCACACUUCUCCAAGAUCAACAGAAGAGAUGGAGCGGGAGGCUGGUCUCCCCAGGUGACAGACAGGCAGCCGUGGCUGCAGCUGGACCUCAGGGACAGGAUAGAGGUGACAGCCAUCUCCACACAGGGGCGCUACGGAGGCUCAGACUGGGUCAGCGGCUACCUGCUCCUGUUCAGUGACACAGGCCGAGCCUGGAAGCAGUACCGACAGGAGGACGGGGUGGGGAGGUUUGUGGGGAAUGUGAAUGCUGACAGUGUCGUCCACCACAAGUUGUCUCACUCUAUCAGAAGCCGCUUCCUGCGCUUCGUCCCCCUGGACUGGAACCCCAGUGGCUGGGUGGGACUCAGAGUGGAAGUCUACGGCUGUGCCUACAAAUCAGACGUGGCAGACUUUGAUGGCAGAAGCUCGCUGCUCUACCGGUUUAACCAGAAGUCCAUGAGCACGGUGAAGGAUGUGAUCUCGCUGAGCUUCAAGAGCCGCCAGGCUGAGGGGGUGCUGCUCCAUGGAGAGGGUCAGAGGGGCGACUACAUCACACUGGAGCUGCACCGGGGCAGGCUGGCUCUCUACCUCAACCUGGAUGACACUAGGCUGCGGUUCAGCAGUGGUCGUGUUGCGGUCACUCUCAGCAGUCUUCUGGACGACCAGCACUGGCACUCUGUCCUCAUCGAGCGCUUCAACAAGCAGGUCAACCUCACCGUGGACACCCACACACAGCACUUCAGGACCAAGGGGGAAGGAGACUCCCUGGAGGUGGACUAUGAGCUCAGCUUCGGGGGCAUCCCACUGCCAGGUAAGCCUGGUACCUUCCUGAGGAAGAACUUCCAUGGCUGCAUUGAGAACCUCUACUACAAUGGGAUCAACAUCAUCGACUUAGCCAAGCGACGCAAGCCUCAGAUCUACAGCGUGGGCAAUGUGACCUUCUCGUGCUCUGAGCCUCAGCUGGUGUCCACUACCUUCCUGAGCUCCAGCAGCAGCUUCCUGUCGCUCCCGGCCACGCCGUCUGCUUCGGGGGGCUUCGCGGUGCGUUUCCAGUUCAGAACGUGGAACCCAGACGGGCUACUGCUCUCCACCCGGCUGGCCCUGGAGCCCCAGAGACUGGAGCUGCAGAUCAGUAACAGUCGGCUGGCCCUGGAGCCCCAGAGACUGGAGCUGCAGAUCAGUAACAGUCGGCUGCGCCUGACCCACCACAAGUCAGCCCAGCAGAAAGAAGAGGUCUCCACCGGUCACAGAGUGAAUGAUGGACUGUGGCACUCUGCGAGUCUCAGUUCCCGAGGUCUCCAGGUUACCAUGACUCUGGACAACGAGCCGUCCUCAACUAUGGAGCUGGGAGACCACAUAGAGGCAGGAGACAGCCUCUACUUCGGAGGUUGUCCGUCUCUGAACGUCUCGGGCUGUGAGAACCCCACCUUGGCGUUCCAGGGGUGCAUGCGUCUCUUCUCCAUCAACAGCCAGCCCAUGGACCUGAACCUGGUGCACCAAGGACGACUAGGAGACUACAAGGACCUGCAGUUUGACACAUGUGGCAUCCAUGACAGAUGUCUGCCCAAUUUCUGUGAACAUGGAGGGCAGUGUUCCCAGUCUUGGAGCCGCUUCUACUGCAACUGCUCUGGGACAGGAUACACUGGAGCCACCUGCCACAACUCCAUCUAUGAGGCAUCAUGUGAGGCCUACCGGCUGACUGGCAGCUCCUCAGGCCUCUUCUCCAUUGAUCCAGAUGGAAGUGGUCCUCUGGCGCCCACACAGGUCUACUGCAACAUGACAGAGAACAAGGUGUGGACAGUAGUGACCCACAACAGCACAGAUCCAGUCAGGGUCCAGGGUUCUACACUACAGAAGCCCUACAUUAUGAAGUUUAACUACAGCGCCUCACCUGAACAACUGAUGGCCCUCGUGGCCAGGUCAGAGCAGUGUCAACAGGACGUUAUGUACAGCUGCAGGAAGUCCCGCCUCUUCAACACCAGAGAUGGCAGCCCGCUGUCCUGGUGGGUGGACCAGGGUGGAGAGAGACGGACCUACUGGGGAGGCUUCCUGCCAGGUGUUCAGCAGUGCUCCUGCAGCCUGGAUGAGAACUGCAUGGACAUGAACUACUUCUGCAACUGUGAUGCCGACACAGACUCAUGGUCUAAUGACACAGGAGUCCUCUCCUACAAAGAGCACUUACCAGUGAGUGAGAUCUUGAUUGGAGACACCAACAGAACUGGCUCUGAGGCGCUCUACAGAAUCGGCCCGCUGCGUUGUUAUGGCGACAAGUCUGUGUGGAAUGCAGCGUCCUUCUACCAGGAGUCAUCCUACCUGCACUUCCCCACCCUCCAGGCAGAGCUCAGCGCUGACAUCUCCUUCUACUUCAAGACCAGCGCUCCCUCAGGAGUCUUCCUGGAGAACCUGGGCCUCAAGGACUUCAUCAGAGUGGAGCUCAGCUCUCCGUUCGCAGUGAUGUUCUCCUUUGACGUGGGAAACGGGCCGGUGGACCUGGCCGUCAAGUCCCACGUGCCCCUGAAUGACAGGCAGUGGCACUAUGUGAGGGCGGAGCGCAGCGUGAAGGAGGCCUCACUGCAGGUGGACCAGCUGCCCAUGCGCUUCCUGGAAGCUCCAUCUGAGGGACACCUCCGCCUCCGGCUCAACAGCCAGCUGUUUGUGGGAGGAACGGCGGCUAGGCAGAGGGGCUUCUUGGGUUGCAUCAGAACUCUGACUCUAAACGGUGUGACCUUUAACCUGGAGGAGCGGGCUAAGAUGACCCCGGGGGUGAGUGCUGGCUGCCCUGGCCACUGCAGUGGCUCCAGCAGUCUCUGCCACAACAGCGGGAGGUGCAUUGAGAAGAACAGCGGCUACGUCUGUGACUGCUCUCAGUCUGCCUACGGUGGGCCCUCCUGCAAGGAAGAGGUGUCUGUGUCGUUUAACAGAGAAUCGUCGGUGACCUACACCUUCCAGGAGCCUUUCUCUGUGAUGCAGAACAGGAGCUUCCAGGCCUCCAGUGUCUACAGAGAGAACAGCAGGGCCAGAGAGAACAUUGCUUUCAUCUUCAUGACCACACAAAGCCCUGCCAUGCUGCUCACUGUCAGCACCUUCAGCCAACAGUACAUAGCAGUCAUCCUGACACGCAACGGGAGUAUCCAGAUCUGGUACCAUCUCCAUGUGGACAGGAGGCCAGAUGUGUUCAGUCCCAGACCCUCCAGCCUGGCAGACGGACGCCUCCACCGUAUCAGAAUCCACCGUGAGGGAAAAGACGUCUACCUACAGAUUGACAAGGACAUGAACCUAAAGUACAGCCUGUCAUCAGACACAGAGUUCAUCUCCAUCAAAUCACUGACCUUGGGGAAGGUCUCAGUGGGCGCUAUGGAUGAGGAAGUGAUGCAGGCAGGAUCUAAGGGUUUCAUUGGCUGCCUGUCCUCCGUCCAGUUCAAUCACAUGGCUCCACUGAAGGCAGCGCUACUGAACCGUGGCAGCUCAUUGGUCAGUGUACGGGGUCACCUGGUGGAGUCUAACUGUGGAGCGCUGGCUGACUCAACAAUAUUUCACUCUCAAUCAGUAGAUCAUUCAGAGACAGUCGGCAGAGGCAGGGGGCCAUUAAGCAACGCUUCACAAAGCAACUAUGCGGUAAUUGGAGGUGUGGUGUCAGCAGUAGUCUUCAUCACUCUGUGUGUAGUGGCAGUGAUGACCCGUUUCCUGUACCAGCACCGGCAGGCCCGGAGAGACGCCAGCAUCAAGGAGAAGGAGCACCGAACCAACCUGGAAACAGCCUACCGGAGAGAAGCAGCCUACCAGGCAGAACCAGCCUACCGGACAGAGUGCCACCUCCAUGACAGUCAUAGCUCCACCCUCAGGGACAACAGGGAGUACUACAUCUGACCACCUGUGUCCCAGUCCCCUGGUCAUCAGGGAAGGCCUCUCCUCUGAAUGUGGAUUGGGAGGUGGAGAUGUCACUGCAGAAUUCCGGACAAGAAAAUAGCCAAGAGGUUGAGCCCAGAACCCUUCCCCAGGGAUUCUGCUCGGGAAUUUGCCCACUGUCUGAUUAUUACAAAACAUGUAUGUAGUGGACGACACGUUUAGCAGGUUUUUAGGGCUUUAGGUGUAUCAUGUGGUCAGUAAAACUGUCAGACAAUAUGGAGCGAAUAUGCAGGUGUGAUUUGGGAACAAUCUCUCAACCGGCAGAGGAAAGGACCGAGACAAGGAAGGAAAGGAACCAUGAGAACAUUGAAUGUCACCUGUCACACUGUCUGAAUGUGUAGUACAAACUCCUGAAGACAUCAUUCUUCUUGUGACCCCCAAUAUUCUUCAAGAUGUUCCACAUAGUUCUGUGGAACAUCCUAAAUGACAUCUGAAAGAUGUAGGUCAAGCAUGUAAGUGAACUGUGAACUCUGCCGUGUGACAAUGACCGAACAUUGAAAUGAGAGAAUGAAAGAAUGGGACUUUACUGCCUUCUGUUAGAGUGCCUCUAUAUAUUGUUUUAACCUCUUUUUUUCAAAACCCUUUACAUCUUUGUUUUAAUGAAUUAGUGUUCAUUUGUGUUUCCUUUAUGUGCUAAGGGAAUAGAUCUGAACAUGAACCACCUGUACCGUAAUCAUCCUCUGUUCAAGUCUAUAACAAAUGGAUAGUGUAAUUUGGUGUAUUACACAAUGCUGUAAUUUAUCUAAGUAAUAUUUCAAAGAUGGAUAACGCUCAAAGGUGAACAUUUUGAUGUAAAGUAGAGAGAUUAGUGUGUUCCGCCAAUUAAAAUCACUGAUGUAUAUGUUUCACAAAAAAUAACUAAAUAAAGACGAAACAUAACAGCCUGAUAGGACCAGAUCCUAUCCUUUAGAGAAAUGCCUGUGACUGGAAUUUAUCUUAAUACAUCUGCCAUUCUAAUCAAUGUAUGGUUGUGCUAAAGUUCAAGUCACAAAGGUGUGUCUGAAGAGAGGAUCUCUAAUAAUCAGAUUUUUCUGAUUAUAACAAUGUUUUACAUUUAUUUACCUUAACUUCUUUAUGUUGUGUAUAGUUGCAGUUGUACAGAUAUAUUGUAUAGAUGUAUAUUUAUUAAUAAAUUGAAGACUUUAUUAAUUA